GUUGUAGUGGAAAUUGAAAAUAGAGAUUCUAUUGAUUUAACACAUACCAUGGAGGGCGUAACUCAUCUGACCAAAAAACGUAAAAAGGAUUGCCCCAGUCCUAUAGCACUGGAGCCCUGCAGUGGCAAUCGAGCUGCUGUGUUAUCACUUUUAGUUCGUUUACCAACAGGUGGCUUGCAGCAUGCGCCUGCCGGACAGUCGGCUGGUUUGGCCGUAGCCAGUGCGCUCGUAACAUUGGGCAAUCCACGGCGACCAUCUAUCGAACACUCAAAAGAGCCAAAAUCUAAACGAAAACAAAGUCAGCAUCCUGAUAGUUGUACAUAAUGAUUGUGAAGAGUAUUCAGUGUAACAUUAAUUAACAGCGAAGUUUAUAAAAGUAUUUCCUUUAUAAGUACAUACAUACGGAAACAAGUACUUGGAUAUAUGUUUACACUCUGCAUUUGAAAAUCUAAAUCAAUCGAUCAUAACCAUACAUACAUAUGUAUGUGGUAUGUUAGCGCGGCGGAGUAACAUUAGAAAUGCCUUUAUACAACUUACAUAAUUAUAAUGUUAUUAAAAUUACUCGGUACUAAGGCAUAGUUACUGAUUUGCUUCACAUAAUAAUUACACUUACCUUUUAGUAAUAGUAAUUGUAAAAUAUUAGUGCAUAAAAUUAUUUAUUGUAGUUACAAUUUUAAUUGCUUAAAUCUAUAAAAACAAUUUAUGUCAGCCUAAAAAGACAUUAAUAUUAUUAAAAAAAAAUUUUAAACGAGGGACAUUAUUUAAUCAUUAAUAUAUGUGUGCAUACAGCAAAAAACCAAUUUAAGUUUGGCGCAAUUGUUUGCUAGAUAUAGUUCGCUGUAUGCAAAGUCAUGUUUAUAAACCUAUUUUUGUAUGUUUUCAUUAUUAUUAUUUUUAUUUUCGAGGUGCGCUAUCAGCUGUAAAAAUUAACAAAACUAAGUAAAAUAUCUAAUGUGAAUAAUAUGAACUAUGCUGUAGUGUUUUAUUAUCUGUGUUAAAGACGAUUUAAAAAUUGACCAAAUACAUACGAUAGAAAAUGGUCAUAUACUUACAUACAUACACAAACAACACUUAUUUAAAUGUUUAUUUAGUUAUUUUUAGCAUAGUUCGUGAAUAAAACUUUUAAACCAGAUAUGAGGUAAUGUUCUGUUAGCAUAUAAGAGAUACAAAUCUAUGAAUACACAACACAUUUUCGAAAAAUAUAAAAAACACCAACGAA